ACCAAGAUGGCGGCGUCUGGCUCGGGGGCCGCGGCGGGAGCCGGGCCGAGCUCCUCCUCGUCGUCCGCGGGCGGAGGCGGCGGCGCGGCCGGGGGGCCCUCCUCGGCCGUGGCCGCCGCCGCAGCUGCCGCCGCCUCCAACCCGCGCAAGUUCAGCGAGAAGAUCGCGCUGCAGAAGCAGCGGCAGGCCGAGGAGACGGCGGCCUUCGAGGAGGUGAUGAUGGAGCUGGGCACCACCCGGUUGCAGGCCCAGAAGCUACGUUUAGCACACCGACGUGGGCCUUACUACGGUGGCUCGCUGCCCAAUGUCAACCAGAUCGGGAGCGGUGCCUCGGAGUUUCAGGGCCCUCUCCAUUCGCCUCUGGAUUCAGCCCGGGGCACGCGGCACCACGGCUUGGUGGAAAGGGUACAGCGGGACCCCCGGCGCAUGAUGUCUCCUGUCUCCCGCUACAUGCGUCAGGUGGACAGCUCUCCCUACAGCCCAGCGUACCUGUCGCCUCCUGCGGAGCCCAGUUGGAGGAGGACUAUGCCCUGGGGUAAAUUUCCCACGGAGAAAGGACACCUGUUUAGGCUGCCGACGGUACUCAACAGAACAAAUUCUGACUCUGCCUUGCAUACGAGCGUGAUGAAUCCCAACCCGCAGGACACAUAUUUGGGCACUUCUCAAGGCGUUCCCCCUCCAAAUCGCAAGACUGGUUACCUGGAUGGGGACGUUGAUAGCAAAGUGUUUCUUUUCCAAGUGCCUUCCAUUGAAGAGAGCCUCCCGGAAGACAGCAAACAGCUGUUGAAACCCUGGGACACGAAAAAGCUCUCCUCCUCAUCCGCCCGUCCAAGAUCCUGCGAGGUUCCUGGGAUCCAUAUCUUCCCAUCCCCGGACCAGCCUGCCAAUCUGCCUCUGAUCCCCACUGCCCUUAAUACGGGGGGCUCCCUCCCGGACCUCACCAACCUGCACUUUCCGUCCCCAUUGCCCACGCCUCUGGACCCGGAUGAGUCGGCGUACCCCAGCCUGAGUGGAGGAAGCAGCACCGGCAACCUGGCCAGCACCAUGACGCACCUGGGCAUCAGUGGCAGCAUGGGGCUCGGCCCCAGCUACGACUCUCCAGUGCAUUUGAGGUGGCAUACCGUUGGUCUGAAACAAGGGUUGUGCUCACCUAUGCAGAGCUCCCUCAGUAACCCCUGCAUCCAGUCCGCGCUUAGCAACCCCUCUCUGCAGGGCUCCCUCAGUAACCCCUCGCUGCGUUCCUCGCCCAGCAGCUCCUCCAUCCCCUCCUCCAUGAGCAACCAGUCCCUUCCCUCCUCCCUCAGCACCCCCUCGCUCUCCUCUUCCCUCAGCAACCCCUCUCUCCCCACCUCUCUGAGCGGCCAGGCAGGGCCACCCGCCCCCGGCAACCCCACCCUCCAGCAGCCCGGCUUCAGCGGCUCCUCGUCUCCCUCCGCUUCCUCUCCCGCUGUCUCUGCCGCCUCCUAUGCCCCCUUAAACACCUCGCCCCGGCGCAGGGUCCCGCUCAGCCCCCUGACCCUCCCAAUGGGUGGAGACUCGAGAAGGCAGCACCCAAAACAGUUUUCGCCAACUAUGCCACCCACAUUGUCCUCCAUCACACAGGGGGUGCCACUGGACACCAGCAAGCUUCCUGCCGACCAGAGACUGCCUCCGUACCCUUACAGCCAGCCCGGUUUGCUCCUCCAGCAGAACCAGAAGCCCAUCCACCAGCAGCACGUGCAUGGCGUGGCGGCCUCGCAAGCUGGGCGGCAGCUGCCCCCUCCUCCGCCCAUGCCGCCGCAGUGCCCGUACCCGUCCUCGCAUUACCAGCCCAAUUCUGCGCUCCAGCAUCAGCUCAACCAGCCGCUGGGUGACUUUGGCUUGGGCAACUUCGAUCAAUACAGCAUGGUCGAGAACACGCCAGGGAGCUUCGGCUUCAACAACAGCACCUUUCCGGAAGACCUGGGUGCCUUAAACUACCCUGCCGGAGACAACACAGGCCUGUCGGGGGGCAGCGGCAACACCCACGACCCCCACCUGCUCAACCGCCAGAACCUGAGCCACUACGGCCGCCAUGGUCCGAUCCCCAACAUUAUUUUCACAGAGGAUUCCCCGCCAGGCAUCUCCAAGGAGAUUGCCAACGUCUUGGCCAGCAUGCCUGGCUUUGAAGUGGACCCCUCCCUGGGCUUGGAUGAGGACCUGAAGAUCGAGCCGCUCACGUUGGACGGACUCAACAUGCUGAGCGAUCCCUACGCCCUUCUGACUGACCCGGCGGUCGAGGACUCCUUCCGUUCGGACCACCGGCUUCAGUGAGGGGAGGGGGGGCGGCCCUGAGAACACCCAGCGAGGGCGGACCCUCGUGAGCCGCAGAGAAACAAAAGGCCGGUUCCCACUCCCGAAACCCUCGGCGUCAGUCAAGCGGGACGUUUGGUGGGGGGCAGAGAUUGUGCAGGCCUCCUCCGAUCAUGGCGCCCUUCCCUAGAGAUCUCUGUGGCUUCUUGCUCACAGCGUGCUCCGGAAUCACGUUUCGCAGAGAGCUGUCGCGAGCCCGGAUUGCAGAGGACCCGGGCAGGGUGGGGUACGGGGGAUCGGUCCCGGAGCCCAGGGGUAGUGAAAAGGCUUCUGGGCUGCUGACGAAGGUGAACGUUGCAAACCGUGGUCUCUUAGUCCUGAACAAGAGAGAAAUUGGGGCAGUUAAAACCCUCCAAAUUGUGCAUUUUUGGAGGCGGAGGGGGGAUGGACUGGGUUGAAGAGCAGCGUUCUGGUCCCCUUGCACCAAGGGAUGUAUUGUGCGUGUGAGUGUGCCUCUGAGGCCAGUGUCUUCCCCCAAUCCCCACCAGUUCCAGCCAUUUCUUUGCCCCUGUGUGUGUGUGUGUGUAUGUACACCUGCACAGUUAGCUAGCGACCUUUCGUCACGUGUUGAGCGGAGGGGAGGCCGUGGGGAGUCUUGGGGAAUUCUUUUGCAAAUCAUGUUUUUUAAAUUCUGUACAUAACUCUUCCAUCAGUCUCACCCCUUCCUUUCAGCUGCCAUGUACAGGGGGGAGGGAGAGAAGUGGGGUGGGGGGACAUCUCCUGUAAAGCACUUGUAACUUUGCAUUCUUAUUGUCUGGCGUCUGUACUUGAG